AUGCCUCUUCCCAAAUACACAUAUACCGGUCCCAUCGACCACACCGUCGCCCCGGACCUAUCAAAGGCCAAGGGAAAAUCUGUCAUCAUCACUGGCGGCGCAAAUGGCAUGGGCGAAGCGAUGGUGCGCGCCUUCUGCGCUGCCGGGGCCUUUGUCACCUUCGGCGACCUGCAUCCGCGUGGAGUCGACCUAGCAAAGGAGAUGAAUGCAGGUGGAGAGGAGAAAGCCGCGUUUGUGAAGUGCGAUAUCAGGGAGUGGGACGAGCUGAUCACGCUGUUUGAGACGGCGAAGUCCAAGAGUCCUGCUAAGAGCGUCGACGUGGUUAUUGCGAAUGCGGGGAUCUCCAGGAGUUCGGGGGAUAGUUUGUGGAAUUUUGAUGAUCCUCUUGGACCGCCGACAAAGCCUAAUCUUAACAUCGUGAGGGUCAAUAUGGAUGGCACAUUUUAUACGUGGAAGCUGGCUGUGCAUUAUUUCAGACAACAGCCAGACUCGGAGGAGAGGGAUCGCUGUUUCAUAAUUACUGGGAGCAUGGUUGUGUACAUCGAUUCUCCUGGAAACUGGGAAUACACCGCGACAAAGCAUGGCCUGCGAGGAUUCAUGAAGACCGCCCGCCGCAACAGUUGGGAGCAGGGCAUCAGGAUCAACUAUGUAGCGCCCUGCUGGAUCAAGAGUGCCAUCCGAACCAAAGAAUACGAGAGCUGGCUUAUCGAGCACGGAAUCGAGUUCGGGGAGCAGGCUGAUUGUGCUGGUGCCAUGAUGCGAAUUGCGUGCGACAACCAGAUUAAUGGACGCUCUCUUAUGAUCACCCCGAGGACCAAAUCUGAACAGGGCUUUGUGGACGUGGAUAAAGAGGACUAUUCGGACCCCCGCGACGAAUAUUUUAUCAAGAAGCAGGAGACGCAGUUAAGGAUUAUCGAGGACAAAUGGCUUGACGACUACAAAAGGCAAGGGUUGAGCCGGAGGGAUAUGGGGAUUGGUAAGGGUGGAGCCCAUUGA